UAGGCGGGGAGGGGGGUCCAAACUAGAAGGCCGCUGCAUUACUCCGCUAGUAGUAGCAGAUUGCAAAUUCCGCGCUCCCACUCUGCCAUCUACAUCAACAGGCAUCUCCCCCACCACCACGUCCUCUUCCUCGGUUUCUCCUCGUUGGUAGGUGGCGACUGGCGAGUGGAAAACUAGUCAGAACGUUCCGCUGAAUGCCAGCAUAAACUGAAAAAAAAAAGGGCAGGAGAUCACCUAUGGGCCAGGCAGCGAGUUGCAGAGUGUCGGCGGCCACUGAACAUGAACUAUUCAGUACUGUCCAAAAUGGGGAGUUGGAAACAGUUGAAACUAUGGUUGAUGAAGAUCCUACUAUCUUGGGACUGACCACUGUCCAUGGGAGGCUCUCCGCUCUACACAUAGCAGCUGCCAAUGGGCAGAAUCAGGUUCUAUCCAUGCUUUUGGAUCGGUCUUUCCAUCCGGAUGUUUUAAACCGCCACAAACAGACCCCAUUGAUGUUAGCUGCUAUGCAUGGGAAGCAUUCCUGCGUGGAAAGGCUCAUUCAAGCAGGAGCUAACAUAUUGAUGUUUGAUUCCGUGAAUGGAAGAACCUGUUUGCAUUAUGCUGCUUACUAUGGUCAUUCAGAUUGCUUGCAAUCUAUUCUUUCUGCUGCCAAUACCUCCCCAGUUGCCCAGUCUUGGGGAUUUGCAAGAUUCUUGAACAUAAGGGAUGGAAAUGGGGCAACCCCAUUGCAUUUAGCAGCCCGCCAAAGACGAGCAGAGUGUGUUCGUUUGCUAUUGAGUAAAGGGGCUCUGGUGUGUGCCUCCACAGGUGGAUACAGCUGCCCAGGCAGUACACCACUUCAUUUGGCAGCACGUGGAGGUUCGUUGGAAUGUGUUCGUGAAUUGCUUGCUUGGGGUGCAGAUCGACUUCAGAGAGAUUUGUCUGGGAGGAUACCUUAUAUGGUUGCCUUGAAGCACAGGCACGAUGUAUGUGCAGCAUUAUUAAAUCCUUCAGCUCCAGAGCCUUUGACUUGGCCAUCAUACUUGAAGUUCAUCAGCGACCUUAGCCCCGAGGCAAAGGCACUAUUAGAAGGGGCCCUAAUUGAAGUCAAUAAGGCAAGGGGAAAGUUGAUCUUGAAGGGGAUGCCUGACACAGAUGUACCAAUUGCCAACUCUGUGGCUGGUGAUGUUGAUCCUCAGGUAAGCAAUGUCGAGGUGUGCUGCAUCUGCUUCGAGCAGGCGUGUACGAUUGAGGUUCAAAAUUGUGGUCACCAGAUGUGUGCCCAUUGUGCCCUAUCCUUGUGUUGCUACAACAAACCAAGUCCUUCGACCAAUAUUAUCAAGGGACCCGUCUGUCCCUUUUGCAGAAGCAGUAUCACUCAGCUAGUUGCUGCAAAGAUCUGUGCUAACGGUGAUGUUGAACUGGAUUUAUGUCCAUCACAGCCAAGGCGAUCACAAAAGUCAUUCAACCAGAGUGAAGGUAGUAGUAGCUUCAAGAGCCUGUCAUCCUUGGGUUCAUUCACGAGGAUAAGUGGGCGCAAGUUUGCUGCUGAUGGUGAUGAGGGGUUCGAUAAACGGUAGCCAUUGCUGCAGAUACAUGCUCAAGGCCGCAGCCUUUCGUCAAGGUCUAAUUUUGGCAUCAAUGGACAUCAGGAAUUGUGCUCAUUAUUUGCCCAAAUCUAGAGUAAGAAUGUGAAAAAUCAAGAGACCGACUACCGAGCCACUCUUUAAAAAAGUCGAAAUUCUUGUCAUAAAAGGAUUUUGAAGGGAGAACAUUGACAUGCUUCUGUGGAAGCUCAAACCUCGCAUUUGAUAGGGCAAGUAAAGUUUGACAGUAGUACUAAGUUUCACCUCCGAGGAGCAUUGGAAACCCAUAAACAAGAAACCUCUCCGUUCGAUAAAUACAAUCAAUUUGCCCUAUUUAGUCCAA